AUGCGUACACUUGGACCAGACGGGAGACCACAUACCCGCCGCGACAAAGCUGGUUCCUCUAACCCACCACCGCAGCCACCACAGCCAGUUGGAUAUCCUGGUGGACCAUCAGAUUUAUCUUUACUUGUUCGAUAUCAAGACCAUGUUGCUCGCCGGUUAUGGUACGGAGAGGAAAGAGGCCCUAAAAAGGAGCUUAAAGUCGCUGGGCACGGGACGAAGCUCCAGGAGAGAGUGCCUCAGCAGCUCCCACCUGAGAUUAAGGCUAUCGUGACUGGGUCAGGUCUGGCUUCUCUUCUGAGAACUAGCCUGACCAAGAUAGACGUUAAUCUCGUCUCAGCAUUUGUGGAGAGGUGGCAUGUUGAGACUUCGUCAUUUCACAUGCCAUUUGGUGAUAUGACGAUUACUUUAGAUGAUGUUGCGUGCCUGCUCCAUUUGCCUAUCAAUGGUAUGUUCUGGUAUCCUGAUGAGCAUGUCACAGAGCAGGUGGCUGUUGAUCUUGGCUGCGAGUUAUUGGGAGUGGAUAGACAUGCCAUGGCUGUACAUAAAGCCUCUCCCUCUUGUAGAAAUUUCCUUACACAUGCCGAGUCUAACUCUAUUCGAGUUGUCAGCCAUGUUUCUGAGAAAAAUUAA